ACCACUCCAGAUAUCUGGAGGUGAGGUUGCCUAAGCAAUUCUUCACACUACCUCUUUUUUUUUUCCUUCUCUCUUUUCGUCACAUCCGGUGAUCGGCCGUUAUUCAAUUUCUCGCGAUCUUAUUUCCUCGACACUUAACAAUGUCGUCCUCGGUCACUGAGGCGCCGUAUGCGCCUGAUUAUGCUUCCUACAACUGGACAGGCGCUCCAGCCGAUUACGCCCUUACGACCAACACAGACCUCGGCGGUGAUUCACGUAUCGAAAAUUUGAAUAAAUGGUAUCAAUCCGGUGACCAGGCCUAUAUUAUUGUCGCAUCCGCCAUGGUCAUGAUUAUGGUCCCCGGUCUGGGUUUCCUUUAUUCCGGUCUUGCCCGCCGCAAGUCCGCUCUCAGUAUGAUUUGGGCCUGUAUGGGUUCGUUCUCGGUCAUCACCUUCCAGUGGUAUUUCUGGGGUUAUUCAUUGGCCUUUUCGCCCUCGGCAACGAAUGGGUAUAUUGGUGAUUUGAAAAAUUUCGGCUUGAUGCAUUUGUUGGGUGCGCCAAGUCCUGGUUCGCCGUUGGUUCCGGGGUUGUUGUAUGCUUUUUAUCAGAUGCAAUUCUGUGGCGUUACUGCUGCUAUCGUCAUGGGCGCCGUAGCCGAGCGUGGCCGUCUGUUACCUGCCAUGGUCUUCACCUUCAUUUGGGCGACUAUCGUAUACUGCCCUCUCGCCUGCUGGGCUUGGAAUGUCAAUGGAUGGGGAUACACCUACGGAGUGAUGGAUUACGCCGGAGGAGGUCCCGUCGAAAUUGGAUCUGGUUUGUCAGCACUCGCAUACUCGAUGGUUCUCGGUCGUCGCCAAGAAAGAAUGAUGCUCAAUUUCCGUCCGCACAACGUUUCUUUGAUUCUGCUAGGAACCGCUUUCCUCUGGUUCGGCUGGUUGGGUUUUAACGGUGGUUCUGCCUUUGGUGCCAAUUUGCGCGCGACAAUGGCCUGCUGGAACUCCAACAUUGCUGCCAGUUUCGCUGCUAUUGCUUGGGUUCUUCUCGAUUUCCGCUUGGCUAGAAAGUGGUCCAUGGUUGGCUGGUGUUCUGGGACGAUCUCCGGAUUGGUUGCUGCUACUCCAGCAUCUGGCUUCAUCACGCCUUGGGCAAGUGUUAUUUUGGGAAUAGUCACGGGCAUCGUUUGCAACUAUGCUACCAAGGUGAAAUACUGGAUUAAGAUCGACGACUCUAUGGACGUGUUCGCUGAGCAUGGUGUUGCUGGAAUCAUUGGUCUCAUUUUCAACGCUCUUUUCGCAUCUGACGACAUCAUCGGCCUCGACGGCGUCAACACCGGCUCGAAAAACCCUACUACCGGAACAAACCAAGGCGGCUGGAUCAUCCACAACUACCGUCAACUCUAUAUCCAAAUUGCGUACGUUGUCGCCGCCUGCGCAUAUGCAUUUGUUGUUUCGGCGAUUAUUGCAUACCUGAUCAACCUCACCCCCGGUCUUCAUCUCCGUGCAUCUGAAGAAGCCGAAUUACUCGGUAUGGACGAUGACCAACUCGGUGAAUUCGCCUACGACUAUGUCGAAGUUCGCCGUGACUAUCUCGCCUGGACCCCGCAAAAGGCAGCUCAACUAGAAGACGGCCAUGAAAUCCCCCAUGCGGAUCGAUACGGUAUUGAGGCUCACAGUACAAUGCUCGAGGGCCAUACACCCGAAGAUAAGCGCAGCGAAGAUAUCAUCGAAGCUCAAGACUCUGCUAUCCCCCUGGCAGCAGACCACCACCAUCACACCAUGACAACCUCAUCACAAUUACCAGCUGCACCACGACAGGUAGCCGAGCAAAACCCACCUGAUACAGGGCGAGCGGUGGAUGAAGAAAAGAAUGCAUAGACUUUUACCUUGAAAGAGUUUCUUUUCUCUACAUAUUUUUUAUUUUUCUUUUUUGGUAUCAUCGAUCAUACAAGGCGUUGAGAAUCGUCGGUCGGGAGUUUGCAGUGCUACCAUUUUUUUUUUUUUUUGGUGUCAAUACAUAUACCCUUUUCUCUUUUCUUGUUUUACCUUCUUUUAUGUUGUUACAUAUUCUAUUUUUCGCUGUACAACCUCGUGUUUUGUAACUACAUACUUGCAUACUAUUCAAUUCUAUGUAUUUUUGAUUAUUGCUUUAUGAUCGAGGGAAAGUUAUAGCACAUGGGGGAGUUGUUUCGGUG